UGAAAAAAUUUCUCAUGUCUUCCUCUUCACUUGUGUUCAAUAUCUUUUGCUAUUUAGUAUUCCCGAAUAUUCUUAAUGAUUGUUCUAAAAAUAUAGAUUUUGAAGGAAUAAACAAGCAAGCCACAAUGCAUUGGAUGGAUGACUAUUGGGAAUGGAAGUCACACAAAAGCAUAAAGAUCAAUUCCAGAAACUUGUUCUCUUGGAAACGAAAUUAGGCCAGGGCGAGGAUUAGUUCUAAUCCGUGAUGUAGACAAUUUGAGAGAACUGCAGACAAAACAUGCCUCUGUAUGAUCAAGAAGGUGUCCUUGCUCAAUGUUGACGGAUCCUUUAACAAACUGCACAGGCAUGAUGAAGUCUAAAGCAAACACAAAGCCCCUUGAGUUGGUCGAGCAAGCAAUGUUCCUGAGAUCUAAGAGAGCAAACCUCUAAGUAGCACUUGAAGCAGUAUCUUUUUAGUUUUUUAGAAGCAUCAAAAAAGAUUGACCUAACAUGUGAAAUUCUAUUGUGACAAUAAAGCUAUCUCAAGUAAAGAAAUACAUUCUUUUACAUCGUUAAGAAAUCAAGCUAAGAGUCACUCUAUUUAAUGAUAUUUACACUAUAAGUAACAAGCGAACUUUGAGAGCAGAAGGCACUGCCUAGACGUUUAAACAUAAACUCUAAUUAUAAACAAGAAGAGGAAGAUUGCUUUCAACUCUGAACUGAUCUUGCUUCUCGAAGCCAGACACCAAGAAAUUAGGGACACCAUCCGAGUGCUGACUAUUAGCUGCCAAA